AUGCUUCAUGUUACUUGGUUGUUGGCGCUGAUCGUAUCAACGUCACCAUUCGGACAUGCAUUACAUACCUCAGGAAAUCUAUCGAGAAUUCGCUGUGAUACAGUACUGUAUGGCAAAUAUGGUAAAGGAGGAAACAACAAUCGACGGAACAAAGGAGAUGUUCUGAAUGUUGAGAAAGGUCUGGCCGAGCGAGGGUUUGAUGCCAUUAUUGGAAGUGAUGAAACUGGGCGUGGCUCCAUUGCCGGUCCCGUUUUAGCGGCAAGCCUGUGUAUCCAGGUAGAUGAUUGGAACAGCUACACUCCAAUAGCAGAGGUUGGAGAUAGCAAGACACUUGAUUUUGAACGACGAGAACGGAUCUUUGAGGAGGUCGUGAGUCAACCGGAUUUGUACCAUUUCAGUGUUGCAGAGCGAUCGAAUGAACAAAUAGAUGACUCCAACAUAGUAAUGGCCACCAUGGAAUGCUUCGCAGAAUCUAUAGAAGAAGUCGUUGCAACACUUCCCCAGGACUGCAAUGCAUACAGCAUUGUGGAUGGAAAGAAGAGUCCGAAACUGUCAGUGAAAGUACCCUGUCGGCCAUGGGUGAAAGGUGAUGCAGAAGUGUACACCAUAUCCCUUGCAUCUAUUCUUGCAAAAGUCACGCUAGACCGCAAUUCCAAAGAGUGGCAUGAGAAGUAUCCAGAAUAUGGUUUUGAUGAACACAAGGGCUACGCUACCAAGGAGCACAUCGAAGCUAUCCACAGACAUGGCCCAUGCCCAAUACACAGACUGUCAUUCAAAUCACUAAAGGGGAGAUAG